AUGUUGCUGGAGAAACAGGGCUGGAUACACCGUUAUGAUCAUGCAUCGUUGCCCACAUCCGUGUACCGUUCCAGUAGUCAAUUUCGCGCUAGACGAAGAGCCAAGAUCCAGCCAUAUCCAGCCUUUGGUGUCUACUUGGUUGCAGCGUUUGUGGCCCCCUGCGAACCAGCCAUGGAGGUUGGGGGCAGGGGUUCUUUGACGACCUUCCGAAGGCCGCUGACAGAGAGCAAUGCCGAUGUGGACAUUGAGGUGGGUGGCUUGGAUCGCGAGCGUUCGCGCGAAGAACCAGGGCACCAGCCACACUUCGCCAUGCGGGGGACGGCUUCCUCACCUCGGGCCUCGUCCCCGCAUGGCCGUGCAGGCACAUCGCCCAAGUCGAACAUGCCGCGGCCGGCGGCAGCCAGCGGACGCACGCAGAACAUGGGCAGGCAGAGGUCUGUUCAGACGGCUGGGGAGGCUUUGGUGGCUGCCGCCCUGUCGGGUGCGGGCCGACGUUUGCCCGGCCUAGGCGCCGCAUCUCGGCGAGCUCCUGCGACGAGGCAGACUGUGAAUGAGGUUAGGCGACAGCUGGAUGAGAAUUUGCAGAAAGAUGGAGAAUGCUAUGCCGUUUGCAUGGCUGGUGGUUUGGACUUGGCGAGUUUGGCAGAAGCGAGCGCGCCUACGACUGAGGUGGCACGUGCUUCGGCAGCAGCAGCGGCAGCGGGCCGCGAGCUGUCGCAAUUGGAGUUACCCCCCGAGAUUCGAGGCGGCAGCCAGUCUUCGCUGCCUGGACCACGCCAGCUCGAUAAUGGCCUCGGAGGCGGGCUAGUGAGACACUUCGGCACGGGCGAGAACAUUGUUCUCCACUUGCAGUUCUUCGGACAGAAGGAUGUCUUUGCAUUUGGCUUUGGUUGCAUCGUCUGUUGGAGUCUGGAGCCAAACGAACUCGAUCAGAUCCGGGAUGCAAUGAAGCCGUUUCUGGUGCGGCCGCAGGAGAGGAGUGGCUUCGAGGAGGAGACAAUGAAUUUCCUCUAUAAGCGGAAAGACGAGGUGGAGGCAGAUGAUGGCGCAGAUGAUGGUGAUGAGCCAGCGCAGGAGGCAAAAUGCAUCAGCCAAGACAAGAUCAUCUUGGCGUCGCAUAGCCCCUUGAAGGAGAAGCUCGCGCAUUCCUACGCCUUGGCACAGUCCGUCCGUCUUGGAUGCUUCGAGAUGGUGGUGGAGAAGUCCAUCAGGGAGACCAGGAGCAUCCCUGAAACCUUGGCCGAGACGGGGGAAGUCAAUAUGGAGGCCCGUGCGCUCGCGAAGCAAAUGGGCGCGCUGCUGAUGUUGAGAUGCGAUGUUAACUUGCACACCGACAUCCUCGACACACCGGACAUCUUCUGGGAUGAGGAGCGGUUUGAGAAGAUCUACGUGGCCUGCAGAACAUACUUGGACAUCGACAAGCGAGUCGACAUCCUCAAUCAGCGGUUAGUCGUUCUCAAGGACUUGUAUGACCUGCUGCAGAACAGCUUGAAUGUGAGCCACGAAACGCGGCUCGAAUGGAUUGUCAUAAUAUUGAUCUUGGUCGAGGUUGUGCUGGAAAUCAUCCAGCUCUACUUCACCCCGUCCGGGUAA